AAAACAAUUUAGUGCGAGUAAGAAUGGCUCCUUAACAACAAAAUAUUGAAACUUUUCAUUUGUUUUCCAUAAAUAUUAACUGGAAACGUGAAUGUGGGUGGAAAAGUGCCUUUUACUUUCCGGUGAAAGUGACGUAGUGGUGCUCGUAUUUUGGUGUCAAAUUACAAUAAAACCCUCCCCAAGAGGGAGUUUAUUAUAAUUAUAAAAAAAACUUACUUUGACGCUCUCUGUCAGAGUUAAACACGAUCCCAGCAAAUGACCAUUUAAAAGGGUAAAUUCGAAGGAAAAAAAAACACAAAAAUGGACAAAAUGGACACUCGUUUCGCGUCGAAACCGCAUCAGUACUACGAAAACGCCGGCUUUCAGAUGCAAGAAAAUGGCGGCGGGGCGCAAAAGAACCGCCCCAGUGCGGUGGAUAACGACAAGAGAAGGAGAAAGAGCAUCGUGCAGAUCACCAAGGAGGUACUGCCCCGGAUCGAGAACUACCGGAACUCGAGGAGGGCCGUGAGGAGGCCCUCUUUGGGGGAGUUACACGGGAGCGACGAGUACAAUAAGGAAAAAAAUAACGAAAAUGUGGAUCAGAAGGACCAAACGGUCACCAGCCAGGAUGGCAUCAAACUGGGCUGGAUCCAAGGGGUGCUCAUCCCCUGUCUGCUUAACAUAUUCGGGGUUAUGCUGUUUUUACGGUUGUCCUGGAUAGUAUCGGAAGCAGGAACAGGCUUAUCACUGAUCAUCAUUCUUAUAUCGGCGGUGGUGUGCGUCAUCACGACGUUGUCUCUCUCGGCCAUAUGUACCAACGGAGAAGUCAAAGGAGGUGGGAUCUACUACAUCAUAUCCAGAUCGUUGGGUCCAGAGUUCGGUGCAUCGGUAGGCAUAGUGUUCGCAUUCGCCAACGCGGUUUCCGCCUCCAUGAACACCAUCGGCUUCUGUAACUCAUUGAGCGCCUUAUUGAGGAUCUACGGGUAUUCGAUGUUCGGCAGCGAUAUUAACGAUGCCAGGGUAAUCGGUACAGUGGCCACCUUGGUAAUGAUAGCGAUCUGUGCCAUAGGAAUGGAAUGGGAGAGUAAAGCCCAAAAUUUUCUUAUAGCGAUAAUUGUGGCUGCCAUGGCGGAUUUUCUAGUCGGUACCAUCAUGGGACCCACCACCGAGUUACAACAGGCCCAAGGGUUUACCGGGUUUAAUGCAACCGUUUGGCAGCAAAACUGGUACCCAGAAUACCGGAAAUGGAACGGUCAGGAGUACGAUUUCUUCCAAGUGUUCGCCAUUUUUUUCCCAUCUGUGACCGGGAUCCAGGCCGGAGCGAAUAUUUCCGGAGACCUAAAGGAUCCGGCUUCGGCGAUACCCAAAGGUACUCUGCUCUCCCUUCUGAUUACCAUGACGUCUUAUGCUGUUUUCAUGUUGUUCGCCGGAGGGGCGGCCAUAAGGGAUGCCAGCGGUAACAUUACCGACCUUCAUUCCGGUAAUCUGACCGGUUGCGUUAACUUCGAGAAUCCUGAAGAUGGAUGCAAGUAUGGGAUAUUCAGCAGUGAUCAGAUGAUGACAAUCAUGUCGGCCUGGUGGCCCCUCAUCUACGCCGGCUGCUGGGCAGCAUGCUUAAGCACAGCAUUGACCAACUUACUUUCAGUACCCAGACUAAUCCAAGCCUUGGGCAUCGACCAAAUUUAUCCGGGGCUAAUAUUCUUUUCCAAGGGUUAUGGUAAGCAUGGCGAGCCCUAUAGGGGAUACUUACUAACCUUCUUGGUGGCAGAAGCGUUUUUGCUUAUCGGGGAAUUAAACGACAUUGCCAAGCUGAUUUCUAACUUUUAUUUGGCCUCGUAUGCGUUGAUCAAUUUUUGCACUUUUCAUGCCGCCCUGGUGAAACCGUUGGGCUGGAGGCCCACUUUUAAGUACUAUAACACUUGGCUCAGCUUGUUCGGGUUCAUUGCUUGCGUGGUAAUCAUGUUCUUGAUUAACUGGAUCACUUCUUUGAUCACAUUCAUCGUGAUUCUUGGAUUGUAUUUGGUGGUGGUUUACAGGAAUCCAGAUGUAAACUGGGGGUCUUCGACUCAGGCCCAAACCUACAAAACCGCCCUUUUGACCGCUCAAAAGUUGAUAAACGUCGGCGAGCACGUGAAGAACUACAAGCCGCAAGUGCUGGUGCUCUGCGGACGCCCCAAGCAUCGACCCUCUCUUAUGGAUUUCGCCAAUUUGGUCACCAAGAAUCAUUCCCUGUUGAUUGUCGGGGACAUAAUUGAGGAAAGCAUGAACCACAAGCAAAGAUCCCAAAGGGUCGCAGAUGGAUACGCUUUCCUAAAAAGUAACAAAAUUAAGGCGUUUUACGCAGUCGUGGACAAUAUGGAGUUCGAGACAGGCGCUACGGGGUUAAUGCAAAUGUCCGGCAUUGGAAAACUCACCCCCAAUGUUCUUAUGAUGGGUUAUAAGAAUGAAUGGACUGGAUGUUCUGACGAGCAACUUCUCGCCUAUUUUAAUAUCUUACAUGCUGCAUUUGACCAUCACCUGGCCGUAGCGAUUCUAAGAGUACAAGGGGGACUAGACUACAGCAGCCUCACAGAUAUCGAUGAUUACAACUCCGAAAACUCGAUGACACCGUCAAAUCCUCGAAUGAGUUCCCUGAGGACGUCACCGUCGAGUAACUUGAUGAUGCAUUCGGAUUCAAAUCUGAGCUUAGAAGUGGCGGUAACGGAAGAAAGCGGUGAAAAUGCUACCAAAGAGACGCGAAUGGUCAAUAUCGAUGAUGCGACAAACGAGGAUACAGCGUUAAGCGACAAAGAGAAGAAGAAAAAAGCCGCCUCUGUUAAAUUGGAGGUGGUGUUGGGGAUGUCCAAUGAAGAGUUGCUGCAUGUAGAAGAUAUGAACAUAUUCAGAAGAAAACAAGGAAAAGGGUUCAUUGACGUUUAUUGGCUCUACGACGAUGGCGGCCUGACCAUGCUGCUCCCAUACAUCAUAUCCACCAGGAAGGAUUGGUCCAGUUGCAAAUUAAGAGUCUACGGACUGGCCAGCAACAAAAAUGAUUUGGCCCUGGAGGAGCGAAAUAUGGCUCAUCUACUGACCAAAUUUCGAUUGAACUAUGCGGCCCUUAAAAUGAUUUCGGUGAACGAUAAACCCAAGCAGGAAACCAUCGAUCUGUUUAAUAAUAUUGUAGAAGAAUUCAGGAAAAAAGAGCACACUAAUGAAUGCCAGAUAACAGAUGCAGAGUUGAGUAAUUUCCAAGAGAAAACUCAUCGACAGCUGAGGCUAAGAGAAUUAAUGUUAGAAAAUUCCAAUGAUGCCAACUUAAUUGUUAUGUCUCUACCGAUGCCUAGAAAAGGCAGCAUUUCUGCACCACUCUACAUGUCCUGGCUAGAGGUUUUAUCCAAAGACAUGCCCCCCUUCCUGUUGAUCAGGGGUAACCAGCAAUCAGUCCUGACCUAUUACUCUUAAACAGUAUUUUUUUUUGUACAAAGUUUACCCUACAGUGGUAAUAAGGCACUGUAGUCUUUAAGAAUAGAUAUGUUGUUUUUAUUUUUCUAAUUUUUUAAAAUUAUAUAUAUACUCAAAUUGUGUACCUUAAACCGUGGAAAGUAUUUUAAUAUAAUGUAUGAAUACAUACUUACUACAUUAUUGUGCAAUAAGUUGUUUGUAUUAAUUGGACGAGUUGUAAUGCAUCCAUAGGCUUAUUUAACAAUUUGUUAGUUGAUUUAAAUAUACUUCAUUUUAUUUAUA